AUGGACGCCCCGUGGACGUGCACCGGCGACGGUGUCCUCCAACACUUCUCGGUUAAUCAGUCCCGCGGUCUGACAACCGAGGCCGCCGCGAAGCACGCCGAGCUGUACGGAAAGAACGAGCUCCCUGAGGACCCUCCGACACCAUUAUGGGAGCUCAUUCUCGAGCAGUUCAAGGACCAGUUGGUGCUCAUCCUUCUCGCUUCGGCUGUUGUCUCCUUCGUUCUCGCCCUCUUCGAAGAGUCGGACGGUUCUUCGACUUGGUGGAGCGCGUUUGUGGAACCCCUUGUCAUUCUUCUCAUCCUCGUCGCCAACGCGACUGUCGGUGUGAUCCAGGAGACGAACGCGGAGAAGGCCAUUGAUGUGAGUGCUCGCACUGUUCGCUGCAAUCCUCAGGCAUUGAAGGAAUACUCUCCCGAUGAAGCCAGCGUCCUUCGUGACGGCCAGUGGGCUCGUAUACAUGCAUCGGACAUCGUACCCGGUGAUAUUAUCUCGGUCGCAGUCGGAGAUAAGAUUCCCGCCGACUGCAGGCUUCUCUCCAUCUCGUCUACCAGCCUCCGCGUCGACCAAGCCAUUCUCACCGGGGAGAGCACCAGUGUUAGCAAAUUCACGGAUGUUGUGGCGGAUCCGAAGGCGGUGAAACAGGACAUGACGAACAUGUUGUUCUCGGGAACCACCAUCGUCAACGGCAAGGGUAACGCUGUCGUCGUGUUCACUGGUCAGAAGACUGCCAUUGGCGACAUCCACAAGUCCAUCUCGUCGCAAAUCAGCGAGAAGACCCCAUUGAAGCGCAAGUUGGACGACUUCGGCGAUAUGCUCGCGAAGGUCAUCACUGUCAUUUGUAUCUUGGUUUGGAUUGUCAACGUCCGUCACUUCUGGGACCCUGCGCAUCACGGAGUGCUCAAGGGCGCGGUCUACUACUUUAAAAUCGCCGUUGCUCUCGCUGUCGCCGCCAUUCCGGAAGGUCUUGCCGCUGUCAUCACCGCAUGCCUUGCUCUUGGUACCAAGAAGAUGGCUCAAAAGAAUGCGAUCGUCCGCAACCUGCCGUCGGUGGAAACUUUGGGAUGCACAAACGUCAUCUGCUCUGACAAGACUGGGACUUUGACGACCAACCAGAUGAGUGUUAACAAGUUCAUUGUCAUUGACAUCUCUGGGACGCCCCGGGAGUACCUUGUGGAGGGCACGACGUUCGCUCCCAAUGGCUCUGUGACUCCCGCUGAUGGCAAGGCUGUCGUCGGUGUUAGCUCAGAACCCUUGCUUCGCCUGGCCGAGAUCAGUGCCAUUUGCAACGAGUCAAAGAUUGUCUACAAUGCGGACAAGAAAGUCUACACAAACAUUGGCGAGCCCACAGAGGCCGCGCUGAAAGUGCUGGCGGAGAAGCUUCCCUGCCCUGACGGUGAGCUCGCGAAGAGCCUGUCGACUCUGGCGCCCUCCGCCCGCGCGAAUGCUUGCAACGACUACUACGAGCGAAUCAUCCCCCGCAUCCAGACUUUCGAGUUCUCUCGUGACCGCAAGAUGAUGUCGGUUCUUGCUCGUCGCAACGGCACCGGUGUCCUCUAUGUCAAGGGUGCUCCCGAGUCUGUCCUUGAGCGCUGCACGUCUGUCCUCGUGGACGGUCGUGUUAUUCCUCUUGUUCCACAGCUUCGCGAUUCCAUCCUUCGCAGCACCAUCGCAUACGGGAAUCAUGGUCUUCGUACACUCGCGCUUGCUUACGCCGACAACCAACCUACCAACCUCACUCACUACCCUGCUGAGACGACGGCGGACUACUCGCGGUUUGAGAAGGACCUCACUUUUGUUUCCGUCGUUGGCAUGCUCGACCCUCCCCGUCCCGAAGUGCGCCCCGCCGUCGCACAGUGCCAAGCUGCCGGGAUUCGCGUCAUCUGCAUCACAGGCGACAACAAGGGUACCGCGGAGACGAUUUGCAGGCAGAUCGGCAUUUUCGGCGAGAACGAGGACCUCACUGGCAAAAGUUACACUGGUCGUGAAUUCGAUGAGCUCAGUCAAGAGGAGAAGGUUAACGCCGUCUUGCGCGCAAGUCUGUUCAGCCGCACGGAGCCGACGCACAAGAGCCAACUCGUCGACAUUCUGCAAAGCCAGGGCCUAGUUGUUGCGAUGACCGGCGACGGUGUCAAUGACGCGCCUGCGCUGAAGAAGGCUGACAUCGGUGUUGCGAUGGGCAGUGGUACCGACGUUGCCAAGCUGGCCGCAGAUAUGGUGCUUACAGACUCGAACUUUGCGACCAUCGAGCAAGCUGUCGAGGAGGGUCGUUUGAUCUACAACAACACGAAGCAGUUCAUCCGCUACCUGAUCUCAUCCAACAUUGGCGAAGUAGUUUCCAUCUUCCUCACUGUUCUCCUCGGCAUGCCAGAGGCGCUCAUUCCCGUCCAACUCCUUUGGGUCAACCUCGUCACCGACAGUCUCCCCGCGACCGCGCUUGGCUUCAACCCUCCCGACCACAGCAUCAUGCGUGUUCCGCCUCGUGACAGUCGCGAACCCAUCGUCGGCAAAUGGCUCUUCUUCCGCUACAUGGUCAUCGGCAUCUACGUCGGCGUUGCGACCGUUGCCGGCUACGCGUGGUGGUUCAUGUUCUACACCGGAGGCCCGCAGAUUUCCUUCCAUCAGCUCACGCACUUCCACCAGUGCUCGACGAUGUUCCCCGAGAUCGGGUGCGAGAUGUUCACGAACGAGAUGGCGCACCGUGCCACGACGAUGUCGCUCUCGAUCCUCGUCACCGUCGAGAUGUUCAACGCUAUGAACUCGCUCUCGGAGAACGAGAGCUUGCUCCGCCUGCCGCUGUGGAAGAACCCGUUCCUCGUCGGUGCGAUCGCGCUCAGUAUGGCGCUCCACGUCGCGAUCCUGUAUAUCCCCUUCUUCACGACUUUGUUCCAGAUCACGCCGCUCAACUGGGCUGAGUGGUCAGCUGUACUCUACCUGAGCGCCCCCGUCGUGUUGAUCGACGAGGUGCUGAAAUUUGUCACGGCGACAUUCAUUUCGCCACCAUCCAAGGUCAAGAUUGAGUAG